AUGGAUGACAAUCAGAACACCCGAGGCCAACGCCAUCCCAAGCAGCCCUGGGGCGAACUCAAGCCUCAACUCAGCCCCCGAACCCGCGCAGUAACCUGCACCGAUCCCGUCGUCAUCGGCGAGUCCAUCAUCAACCGUUCCCGCCCCGAUGGCUCUUCUCGCAUCGCCCCCCUAUUCGAGCAAGACGGUCGCAUCAGCAGUCACUACCACGGCCUCGCCGCCAAGAAGGAGGAUUUGCAGAUUGGCAAUGAUGAUGAUGAUGAAGAUGACGAUCCUUUUGUCGAGACCAACGAGAACAUGAUCAUGAACAAGAACGAGGGCAGCAUUACAGCUCCUGCAAACCGUAACCUCGUCUCUGCCGUCGCCGCUCCUUUCGUUGCAAUCCAUAGUGACGACGAGGACAAGAAGAAUGAUACCCUCUCCUUCGCCGGCCAUCAGACUCAUCUUUUGGACAACAAUCAUCAUCACCACAAGGGGGCCAACAGUAAUGCCAUCAUGAGCUCCAUGGCCCGAGAUCUACCCACCCAGUCCAAGCAGCAGGAGCAGCAGCAGCAGCAGCAGCACAAACAGCGGACCACCACCACCACCACCGCCAACACCACCGUCGUCAGCUCCACCGGCUCUCCUCAGCCCAAGAUCCCCGGCCGCCGACGCAACCAGACCAUGCCGACCGCCGCCACGUCUCCGUACCGCCAUCACCGCCGCACAAACGCCAUCUCCGUGGCCCGCCGCUUCUCGCUGCAGCAGCACCUCCGCGAGCACGGCCAGCCCCAGCAGAUCGGCGAGGCCCAGGACGAUGAGGACGAGACCAAGACCGACGACGACAAGGACGGCGAGAACAAGACGUCGUCGUCUCAUGGCUCCUCCUCUCCCCCUCCUGCCUCUCCCUCCACCUCUCCCAUGCCCGCUCCUGCCCCCGCCCCCCGCCGCCACCCCAGCCUCCCGCGUUCGGCCCCCAUCGACAUCGCCUCGCCCAAGUCUCCGGCCUCGAAGCGCGCCAAUGCCGAGGCCAUGGAGCUCAAGGAGGCCGCCCGCCGUCGUGACGGCGGUGGUCACAACUCGACUUUUUCGUCGAGUCAGUCUUCCCCCGGCGGCGGCGGCGACGGCGAGCCCAUGGUGGUCGGCGACAUGUCGCCGUGGGACACCGCUGCUCGCUCGCCUGCGCGAAAGUAG